AUGGCCACUUCUCAAAUGCUGUUGUCUUUUGUUAUUCAUAUUCUUCUUCUGUUUUCACUUCCUUUGGAGACCACAGCAACAUCAGAAAGAAGAGAGGGAAGUGCCCUUCUCAAGUGGAAGAACACUUUAUCCAAUAUCGAUGUUCUUCAUUCAUGGUCCAUUGUUAAUCUUGACAACGUUUGUUGGAACUGGACAGGCAUCAAUUGCAGCAAUGUUGGAGUUGUUUAUGAGAUAAAGUUGGACAAUUUCAACCUUUCAGGUACACUCGAAAGCUUUGAUUUUGUUUCAUUUCCUAGCCUCACCCGUUUUAGUCUCUAUAACAACAGCUUUACUGGAUCAAUUCCAUAUGAGAUUGAAUGGUUAACAAACCUCAAGUUCUUGAACCUAAGUGAAAACCAUUUGUAUGGUUCAAUACCUCCAACAAUUGGAAAUCUAACUUCACUUUGUUCCCUCUAUUUGUAUUCCAACAUGUUGCAAGGAAAUGUUCCCGAAACACUCUGCAAACUUCACUCCCUUGAGAAUCUCUAUUUAUCUAGAAAUAAUUUGAGUGGUCAGAUUCCUCAAUGUCUAGAAAAUAUAACCUCCUUGAGAUAUUUUUAUCUCUCCGACAACAUCAUGUUGCAAGGAAAUAUUCUGGGAAUACUUUGCAAACUUUACUUCCUUGAAGGUAUUGAUUUAUCCAGAAAUACUUUGGGUGGUGAGAUUCCUCAAUGUUUGGGAAAUUUAACCUCAUUGAGAUUUCUUUUUCUCACCUCCAACAAUUUGCAAGGAAAUAUUUCUAAAACAAUUUGCAAGGUUCAAUCUCUUAAGAAUCUCGAUUUAUCUUGGAAUAAUUUGAGUGGUCCGGUUCCUCAAUGUUUGGGAGAUAUCACCACACUGAAAUAUCUUUAUCUCCACUCCAAUAUGUUGAAAGGAAAUAUCCCGGAAACACUUUGCAAACUCUAUUUACUUCAAGGUCUUGUUUUAUAUAACAAUACUUUGAGUGGAUUGAUUCCUGGAUGUCUAGGAAAUUUAACCUCAUUGAGAUAUCUUUCUCUUUCCUCCAAUAAGUUGCAAGGAAAUAUUCCUAGAACACUUUGCAAAUUUCGCUUCCUUUGGAAUUUUGAUUUAUCUGGCAACUAUUUGAGUGGCAUGGUUCCUCAAUGCUUGGGAAAUGUAACCUCUCUCAUAUUUCUUUAUCUCAACUCCAACAGCAUGUUGCAAGAAAAUAUUCCAGGAACACUUUGCAAACUUCAUUCACUUGAGAAUCUUGAUUUAUCUAACAAUAUUUUGGGUGGUCCUAUUCCUCAAUGUCUAGGGAAUGUAACAUCGUUGAGAUAUCUUUAUCUCCAUUCCACAAGGUUGCAAGAAAAUAUUCCUAGAUCGCUAUGCAAUCUUCAUUCCCUCGAGGGUCUUAAUUUAGCAAACAAUGCAUUGGAAGGUAUGAUUCCUUUGUGCAUGGGAAAUAUAACCUCAGUAAAAUAUCUUUCUCUCCAUUCCAAUCGGCUGAAAGGAGCCAUUCCAGGAUCACUAUGCAAUCUUCAGCAGUCACUUGAAGUUCUACUUCUAUCCAACAAUAAUUUGGAUGGCCCAAUUCCUCAGUGCCUGGGAAAAUUGAAAAAGCUGACAACUCUAAUUGUUUCUAAAAGCCAGCUUCAAGGAACUAUAACUCCAACUCCAACACUUAGAAUUGGCACAAAUCAAACAAUAAAUUCCAGUUUGACUUAUGGAAUGGAUGCAUGGUUGUGCAAUUUGAGUUCCCUACAAUUUCUUGAUCUAUCUGACAACUAUUUACACGGUCCAUUACCUCCGUGUUUAGAGAACUUCAGCAGGGGUCUUAGGGUUAUAAAUUUAGCCCGAAAUCAAUUUGAGGGAAGUAUCCCAGGAGUAUGCACAAAGGGAAGCAUCUUGGAGUAUUUGAAUUUGAAUGGCAAUGACUUGGAAGGGUCAUUACCACUGGGCUUGGUAAAUUGUACAUCUCUUAAAUUUUUAGAUCUUGGGAACAACAUGUUACAUGAUUCAUUCCCUCAUUGGUUGGAUACUCUUCGUGAUUUGCGUGUUCUUGUGCUGAGAUCUAAUCAUUUUUAUGGAGAAAUAUGUACUUCUAAUACUACACUUCCAUUCACAAAGCUGCACAUAUUUGAUGUCUCACACAAUGAGUUCACUGGUCCUUUGCCAAGAUAUUAUAUGGAAAACUUUGAAGCCAUGCAGCAUGAAAUUGAUAAUGAAAAGUUAUCAUCUUUUGAAACUUCAAUAAGCCUAGUGUGGAAAGGGGUGGAGCAACAAGUGGUACAUUACAAUAUCUGCACAUCUCUUGAUUUAUCAAAAAACCACUUCCACGGUGAAAUUCCAAAAUCUUUAGGAUGGCUUCGUGUCAUCAGGCUUCUCAAUUUAUCACACAACCAGCUCACUGGCAAUAUUCCAUCAUCACUGGGAAAUGUAACCAUUCUUGAGGCACUCGAUCUGUCAUCAAAUAAACUAGUGGGUGAGAUUCCAAAACAACUUCCAAGAUCACUGACAUUCCUCGCUGUACUAAAUCUUUCUUAUAAUUAUCUUUCUGGUCAUAUACCUCAAGGCUUACAAUUUGACACAUUUAGCAAGGAUUCCUAUUUGGGAAAUGCUGCUUUAUGUGGAUUACCACUAACGCUACAAUGCCAAAACAAGGGUGGAGGGAAAGCGCCAAAUGUGAAGGAUUCACAAAAUUUUCGAGUUGAAAUUGGCUGGCAAAGUGUUGUUGUGGGAUACUUCUCUUGUGCACCUUUUGGUAUUGCCAUAGGAUAUCUCAUGUUUAAGCAUGGAAAACCUCGAUGGCUUGUAAGGUUAAUACUUGGGGACUAA